UUUAUUGUUUUUCCGAAGUAGUUUUAUUGCGAUAGUGGGGGUGGAAUAACGGAUUACCUAUAUAAGUUUGAUUUGCCAACGAGGACCAAUGUGAACAUUCUCUACCUCUACCAUCUUCUUUUACCAAUCCCGUUGUGCCACACAAACACAUGGUUCUUGUUCAGUUUGACGAGAUAGUCAGAGUCAGAGGUGUACAUUGUUUUUUCUUACUUUAAACAAAGUACGGAACGUAUGCGUUUGCCUACGUCUGAUGAUUUAAGGACAGCGGUUCUCUAAUCGUUAAUCGGACGUUUUUACAAUAAAAGGGAAAAAUGAAACUAAGCAAAUUAACAAUGUCUAUUUUUUGGUUGAUAUUGAUUAUUAUCACAAUUUUUAUUGGCCAUAGUCUGGGAGUUGCUGUUAUGAGUAUUGACAUAGGUAGUGAGUCAAUGAAAGUUGCUAUUGUUUCACCUGGUGUUCCUAUGGAAAUAGCUCUUAACAAAGAGUCAAAGAGAAAAACGCCAGUUACGAUUGCAUUUAGGAAUGGAGAAAGGAGCUUCGGAGAAGAUGCUCAAGGAGUGGGAAUCAAGUCACCUCAACAUAGUUUUUCUUACAUGUUAGAUCUCCUAGGAAAAUCUAUAGACAAUCCUAUUGUACAACUUCACAAACAAAGAUUUCCAUAUUAUGAUAUUGUUUCCGAUGAGGAGCGUAAUACUAUAGCAUUUAGAUUGAAUGAAAAUACUACGUACACGCCAGAAGAAUUACUUGCACAAAUUUUAUACAAAGGAAAAGAAUUCGCAGAGAAUUCUGCUGGUCAAAAGAUUAGCGAAGCAGUGAUAACUGUCCCAGGAUUCUUUAAUCAAAUUGAAAAGAGAGCCCUUGCACAAGCUGCCGAGCUUGCAGGAAUUAAAGUUUUGCAACUUAUCAAUGACUACACCGCGGUCGCAUUAAAUUACGGGAUUUUUCGUAGUAAAGAAAUAAAUGACACUGCGCAUUAUGUAAUGUUUUACGAUAUGGGAGCCAGUAGCACAACUGCCACAGUUGUGAGUUAUCAGAAUGUAAAAACUAAGGAAAAGGGAUUCGUGGAAACUAAUCCUCACGUUAGCGUUUUGGGUGUGGGUUACGAUCGCACUUUGGGAGGUUUAGAAGUGCAACUCAGAUUGCAACAUCACUUAGCCAAGCAAUUCGAUGCUUUGAACAAAACAACAGGUUCUGUAUUUAGCAAUCCAAGAGCGAUGGCGAAACUAUUUAAGGAAGCUGGUCGCGUAAAGAACGUGUUAAGCGCGAACACCGACCAUUAUGCUCAAAUCGAAGGAUUGAUAGACGAGUACGAUUUCAGAGUGCAAGUUACUAGAGAAAAACUGGAAGAACUCUGCGCUGACUUAGCUGAUCGAGUAGUGAAUCCCAUUAAGAUUGCUUUAAAAAUGUCGGGUUUAACGAUGGAGGCCAUAUCUCAAGUAGUAUUAGUGGGAGCUGGUACGAGAAUGCCAAAGAUACAAGAAUAUUUAAGUCAGUAUUUAACAGUCGAGUUGUCGAAAAAUAUUAAUACAGAUGAGGCGGCCGCGUUGGGAGCGGUAUAUAAAGCCGCGGAUCUUAGUAAAGGAUUUAAAGUGAAGAAAUUUGUUACCAAAGAUGCUGUACUAUUUCCCAUACAUGUUGUUUUCAAUAGAACUGUUGAUAACAAAGUGAAACAAGUGAAAAAAUCAUUAUUUGGCAAAAUGAAUCCAUAUCCACAAAAGAAAAUCAUUACGUUCAGUAAAUACACGGAAAACUUUCAGUUCCACAUUAAUUAUGCGGAACUGGAUUACCUGCCACCUAAUGAAAUAACAGCUAUCGGUAGUUUCAACUUGUCUACAAUAACUUUGUCUGGUGUGACUGAAGCCCUAGAGAAACAUACGAAAGAAGGCGCAGAGAAUAAAGGAAUCAAAGCACAUUUUGCAAUGGAUGAAAGUGGUAUCCUAAAUUUAGUGAACGUAGAAUUAGUAUCAGAAAAAUCAAGCGCAGCUCCUGAUGAAGAAGAGGGUACUUUCUCAAUACUUGGCUCAACUAUUAGUAAACUUUUUGCAGGAUCGGAGGAUAAAGACAAAGAAGAGAAAACAGAAGAAUCAUCGAAAGAAGAUGUGAAACCAGUUCAUGAAGAGCAGGAGUAUCCUGAACUUGAAAAGGAGACAGAAGAUAAACUGAAGAAGAAAAAUGAAAGUACAAUUACCGAAGAUAAAAUCGCAAAUAAAACUGAGAAGGUAGAAAAAGAGAAGGAGAAAAAAUCUACGAUAGUAACGAUUAAAGAACCAAUUAAAGCAGAAGAAAUCAAGUUGGGACCUCAAAUACUUUCUGGUGAUAAACUUGCUGAAUCCCGAGAAAAAUUGCAUCGUUUAGAUGUAUACGAUUUCGUAAAAACGAGGCGCGAAACAGCUUUGAAUAAUUUAGAAACAUUUAUAAUUGAUGCUCAACAAAGAUUAGAGUCUGAGGAGUACGCUGCUGCUGCCACUUCUCAGGAAGCAGAAAAAAUAUUGAAAGCAGCUUCUGAAGUUUCCGAAUGGUUAUACGAAGAUGGGUUCGGUGCAUCUGCUGAAGUAUACGAAACAAAGUUAUCGGAACUUCAAAAACUUACUAACGAUGUGUAUGAACGCGUUUACGAACACAAAGAACGUCCAGAAGUAUUGAAAGGCAUGGUUACUAUUUUGAAGGCGAGCGAAAGUGUUCUAGCUAACGUACGCAACACAAGCUACUUCAGUGAAAUUUUUACGCAAGUCGAGGUCGAAACAUUGGAGAAAGUAAUUAAUGAAACUCAGGACUAUUACGAUACAGUCGUUAAAUCAUUUAGCGAGACAGCUUUGUACGAACCAGUGAAACAUAAAGUUCGUGAUAUCGCAAAUAAAAUGGCAUUGCUUGAUAGAGAAGUAAAGUACCUCAUCAAUAAGGCGAAGAUAUGGAAGCCAAAACAAGAGCCUGGUACAAAUCAAACUGAGAGUACGAAUGAAAACUCUACAAAUACGAAAGGAGGAUCAAAAUCUAUUCCCAAAUCAACGACCGAGUCUCAAGCGGAAAGUCUUCAGAGCGACGAUACGUCUGAUAAUAUAGAAGUACAAAAUGAAAAGAUAUCGGAUACGGGAAAAGGAGCGAAAUCGUCGAAGGAUACGGAUUCCGAAACAAUUCGUGAAAGUACUGAAGAAGAGUUACAUCAAGAACUUUAAGAAAAGCUUUUAUCUAAAAGUGCGUGACUUUUAUUAUUGACCGAUUGCAUCUCGGUUAAUAAGCUAGACAAUUUAUUAUAUUAUUAUGUUAUAGAACUGGUUUAUGAAUGCAUUUAAAAAUCUAAAUCAAAUUCGAGAAACUCUGUGUUAUUGCGGCUAAGCGAGAAUCAUUUCGUAAAUGUGAAAUAUUAAGUGAUGCACUACUUAUAUGUUUGUACACAUUGAUAAAAAUCGUGUACUUCUUUUUUGUUUUCAACGUGGCAUUUCGUAUAAAAGGAACCGACCAUUGUGUAGGAAAUUGCUGUUCUUUAAAUGCCAAAUAGGAAGAAAUUAUUUAAUAAUUUCAAAGGGUAUUACGUUUAGCAAAUGUAAAACUGAGUAAACUAUAACAUUCUAAUUGGUCGGAUUUUGUCCACUGUGAAUAUAACAUUUAAUUGUGAUACUUCUUGAUACUAUAUUCUUAGAUAUACUGUACGCUGUAGCUUAAAGCUGAUUUUCUACAAACAUUUACAUAAAGCAUAAUAAUUACACAUGCAUACAUAAAAGACAGUCACUAAACCGAAAAGAAUAUCAAAUUUUAUUCAUUUUUUCUACAUUCCUGAUUGAUUAAUCUUCGAUACGAGACGCCUAACUUUCUGCAUCCUACAAAUGCCCUAUCUGAGAGACAAUAUGAUUCCUUUUGCUAAACAUAAUUACGUACUUAACUGUGUAGUAAUGAAAGUGCGUGCAAAAAUAAUUUACUUCUCUCGUGGACUCUUAUGAAAAAUUCAUUGAAAUCAUUUCGUACGAGAAUAAUUGUAAUUUAAACUGUUUAAGUAUGUUAUUUAUUGUCUUGGAUGAAUAAAGAAGUGUGUAAGAUAAAACAAGCAUGAGAAAAAUUAAUGUUACUCUUAACAUAUUUCGACAAAUUCGCGAGUUAUAAGACAUAUAAAGUCUUCCUUCCGAUUUAAUGCAAUGUCCAGUAAAAUAAAUUAGUUUACAAUUA